GAUAUGACUCUACUCACAACAAGAACAAAAGCCCUAGAUAACAUUAUUGAACAUCAUGGAUUCCAAUGAUCCAAAGCUUCACAUAGCGAUGUUCCCAUGGCUAGCCUUUGGCUACAUGAUCCCAUACCUAGAGCUUGCCAAGCUCAUUGCCCAAAAAGGCCACCAAAUCUUCUUCAUCUCCACUCCAAGAAACAUCGAACGUCUCCCACAGCUCCCUCCGAAUCUCUCGUCGUUAAUCACCUUCGUCAAGCUCCCGCUGCCCCGCGUAGAUGACGACUUCCCAGAAGCCGCGGAGGCCACCACAGACCUACCUCAGAACAAAGUCAUGAAGCUUAAGAAUGCCUAUGAUGCUCUCCAACAACCCCUCACUCAUUUCCUAGAAUCUUCCAACCCAGAUUGGCUACUCUUCGAUUUUGCAGCUUAUUGGGCCCCAACUACUGCCCGUAACCUUGGCAUACCAUGUGCAUUCUUUAGCAUAUUCAUCGGAGCAUGCUUAGUUUUCCUCGGGCCCACUUCCCCGGAAAUAUCUCCGGAUUAUCGUAAGAACCCGGAGGAUUACACGGUCCCACCCAAGUGGGUCCCCUUCCCGUCCAACGUUGCAUUUCGUUUGUUUGAGGUUGGCAAAGUUUACAUCGACAGCAUUACUGGCGACGAAAGCAAUGUUUCAGAUGUUUAUCGGAACAUGGAGGGGAUGAGGGGCUGUGAUAUAAUUGCAAUAAGAGGUUGCAUGGAAUUUGACACUGAAUGGCUGCGUUUAUUACAAGAUAUUCACCGGAAACAGGUUUUACUGGUUGGUCAACUUCCCACUACAAAUUAUGAGGAGAAUGAUAGAUGGGGGUCAAUGAGCCAGUGGUUGGACCGAAAACCGAAAGCAUCGGUUGUGUACGUGGCUUUUGGGAGUGAGGCCAUGCCGAGCCAAGAGGAAAUUACUAGGAUAGCCUAAGGGUUAGAGCAGUCUGCGCUGCCAUUUAUUUGGGUGUUGAGAACCAAUCUGGUUAAGUUGCCUGAGGGUUUUGAGCAAAGGAUAGAAGGGCGUGGACUGGUUUGCAGGAGCUGCGCCCCGCAGUUGAAGAUUUUGGGUCAUGACUCGGUUGGGGUGUUCCUGAGUCACUCCGGUUGGAGCUCGGUGGUGGAGGCGUUUGACUUUUGGUAGAGCUCUUGUGUUGUUGACCAUGUCCAAUGACCAAGGGUUGAAUGCAAAGUUUACCAGCGACUCGGUGGCUGAGUUGCUCAAGUUGGUGAUAGAGAUGGAGGAGGGGAAGAUUUACAGAGACAAGGCUAAGGAGUUGAAGCCGUUGUUUGGAGAUAGAAAAAAGCAAGACAUGUACGUGCAUAAUUUUCU